UUUCAAGAUGGAUGCGCCCAUGGAAAACGUGAUUUUUGCUUUUAAGUCAGAAAUUAUUAAGAAUACCAAGGAGAUUAGCGAUUUUACAUGUCUUCUACAGUUGACAGACGAAAACAAAUUCUUCAGUCUCCAGAAGACAUAUGGUCUGCAAGAAACCAUUAGUUAUAUUCAUGGCUGUCUAAAUACAUCUAAACUAAGAACAGAGGGAUUAAUUUUACUUGAAAAGUUGAUAGAACAAUGUGUUACAGAAAUAUUUACACAGAAUGCUGUUACAUGGAUCAGAUUUAUUGUUCAGUGUUUAGAGUCCCAUGAUCCUGUAGUUGUCAAGAGAUUAUCCUGCCAUGUAGGAUGUAAAAUUAUACCUUUAACUGUGAACUUCACUGCUCUUAGUAAAGAUAUUAUUUCUGUUUUACCACAGUUACUAGCAACACUUAUAUCAGCAAGUUCUGAGUGGCUUACAGCAUCUCUCAAGCUACUAGGAGUAUGUAUUCAAAGUUAUCCAGGGCCCUGUGGAACUUUUAAGACUAAAUUGGAAGCUAUGGUAAUGGAGUUAUUUAAGGAGCAGUCUGUACCAAAGGAAGCCAUUGCCCUGUAUGUGUUGCUAGCUAGAUGUGGAGGUGGUGGAAACAAGGGUAUCCGUUUCACCGAGGCCUGGUCAUACAAGUUUCAACAGAUCAUUACCAGUCUAACGGAAAUAGUUAACCUACUUUAUAAUGGGUUGAAUAUUCCUGAGUUGGCAUCAACGUUUAGUGUUCCAGUCCUGCCGAUGAGAGAACUUCCAGAGACAUACACAAACAGAUUUAACAUUUUAUCAUCUUAUCACCAUACUUAUUCCCUUUGUUUACAAGAAUUACUCAGUCAGCCGUUUCCUGCUCCUGUCAAAAUUCCAGUUAGUGAUGUCAUAAAACUAGUAACUAAAGUGUUAUCUGUCAAUAUCAGAGAUUUAACUGUCAGACCCUCUACAGAAAGGUUGUUAUUAUCAGGAUAUAUAUCCACUCUACACAGUGAUGCAGUACUAAGUCUUCAUAGUCUAAUUUCAAGGUGUAAAACAUUACUGUUGCCAUAUUCCAAGAGCAUUAUAACUGUUAUGGUCAAAGAAUUGAUGUCAUUCAGGACUAAAGUUGUUUAUGGCCAGAACAGAGCCCACAGCUCAUUAAGACAGAUAGUAUACAGAACACUAGUACUUUGGCUACAAACCACAAAGUCUUUCACAAUUACUACAGAGGAAGAGGAUUGGUUAGUCCAGGAAAUACUGCAUGAUGUCAGACCUCACACAGAUACCAUGAAGACAGUUUCCAUCAAAAGCAAAAAAUCAGACAGUUUUGAACCUCCACCAUCCAAGAAGAAGAAGAAGGGAGGUUACUCUGAAAUCAGUAUCGGAAUUAGUACACAGAAGAAAGUAGAUUUGGAGGCUAACUCAGAACUAUGUAUGGUAGCAUUGGAAGUUUUAUAUUGGUUCCUUACUACUGUAGGUUGUCAACUUAAACAGAAAAUAGUUGAGGAGCUGCAAGAUUUCCUUAUUUCAGUUUCCAUUACCUUCAGAUGUAAAGGUAACUAUGGAAUACCUUACGUUGAUGAUAGAUGUCGCCACAGUCUGUUGAGGGUCAUGCAAGCAUUUAAUACAAUGCCACAUCCUACUGCAUCAUCAUUACUGCAUUAUUCACUAUCAGUUCUCAGAUGUACAUCUCAGGACAGUAGUUUGUUGGUAUCAUCAUACAGUAUAGAAUCUCUUCAAGCCUGUGAAGCCCUUAUACAUGCCAGGGCUCCAUCUUAUAAUGUACUGAAAAAAGUGUCAAGGGAGGUAAUUGAAGAUAAAACAGACAUUAUCCAGCAAGAUAAAGCCUUAGAAAGGAGCAACAUAUUUUUAUCAGGACAAAGCACAUCAUCUUUAUUUGAAUCAGUCAGAGAAAAACACAAUAAAGACAAUGGAGAGUCCAAAAAAAGCUUUACUGAGAAAACAUGUGUCGAGAAAAAUGUCAUAGAAUCUAAUGUUGAAGAUAUCUAUGAGAGAAAACAAAAGCAAUGGGGACACGGUGAUUCUGAAAGUCAACAGUCCAGAAUUAUUGAUCAUACUGUUACCAUGUCAACAAAUAAUCAAGGUCAAAUGAAAUCUAACCUUUCUAGUAGAAAUGAGAGACAGUCCCCACUGAAAGAACAGGAUGAUACCAUCAUGGACACUGAUGUUGAUACCACAAUAGGAGAUUUCAUGGAGUCGAGAGUCAACCAGAAAGAUACUGUAGAAUCAUCAACACCUGAAAUAUUACUCAGGGAGAACAAUUCAGAAGGAGUGAAAAAAGAGGAAGAAAAACACACACUGUCUACUGAAGACCAGGAGAACAUAGUAGAUAUGCUGUCAACAUUUGUAGAUAUAGAUGAAGACCAAUAAAAAUCAACCAUGAUACACAAUCUUAUUUAUCAGUCUUCUUGUCACCAAACAUUUGUCACACACUUUGAAAGCUUAAAAAAUCUGAUAGGGAACAUUGCAAAUUAAAAAAAAAAUCUGAUACGGAACAUUGCAAAUAAAAAAAAAAUCUGAUAGGGAACAAUGCAAAUUAAAAAAAAAAUCUGAUAGGGAACAUUGCAAAUUAAAAAAAAAUCUGAUAGGGAACAUUGCAAAUUAAAAAAAAAUCUGAUUGGGAACAUUGCAAAUCUAAAAAAAAAUCUUCUGUUUAUACAACAAAUGUUUUCUUCUGUUUUAUACAACACUUGUUUCUGUAAUAACCUUAAUCAGUUAUUUGGCCAAAAGUUUUGGAAGACAGAAAUAUAAAACUUUUGAGGGCUUAAAAAACCAAAUGGGCCUGAAAUAUAUAUAUAUUGAGCUUGAUAUCUUUAAAAGGCUUGGCCUUGAGGCUAGAUUUCUAUAUUCCUAAACACAUUCUAUUGUUAAUGAUUUUCCAUUGUACCAAGAAUAGUUCUGCUUUAUAAAAAGGAACAAAUCAUAAACAAUCAGAAAGGGAAAACUAAACAGUACAAUAUACAAAGUUUUUUAUUGUCAAUUAUGACGCCCAAUAAUUUGAGCA